AAAAAAAGAGACUUUCCGUGUGAGAUUUGGGUUGUAUCAAAAUUAUAAACGAAACGAAGAGGUGAAGAAGUUGGCGGAGAUAGUGGUGGAUGGCAAGAACCAACAAAUAUACCUCUAUUAAUUUCAAUCAUGUCAUCGAGAAGAAUCUGACUCCCUCUUCUUCUUCUUCUGGUUCCCACAAGAAUCCCCAUACCAAUCACCAAAGCCACUCCUCUUUUGCUUCAUAUUCAUCCGCCACCCGUGGCCGCAUGCUCGUCCUGACCCGUCCUUCCCCGAAGCCUCUUUCGAAUCCUCCCGUCGUUUCUCCGGUGCUUCCCAAACAGCCACAACCUCGUUCUGCUUCAGUCCCGGAUCACCCGCCGUCUUCUGAUCAGAUUUCUUUGCGACCCGGUUCUGGGAUUUCGGUUUCCGCUCCGGAGAAGAAGGAGAAGGAUGGUGUGACCGUUUCUGGAUCUAUUAAAUCAGGUCGAUUCGUGCCGCCUCAUCUGAGGCCGGGUUUUGCGGGGAAAGAGGAGAAACCCAAACCCAAAGUCUUGCGAGGGAGAGAACAGGGGGUAAAGCAUUUUGGCUCGUCGGCUCACUAUGGUGAAGAUAGGCGACCCAAAUCAGGCGGCUACGAGAAGGUCAAAAGAGGCGGUGAUUCAGAUUUGGGGUUGAUUCCUCGUCCCAGAUCCAGCGGAAACCGCCCUAGUUCUAGUGGAUGAAUUGCUGUGAAGAACUUGUAACUUCCUUGAAGUCGUAGAUGGAUGCUUUACUGUGAACGGCUGCCAUCUUUGAAUGUUUUGAGUUAUUCUAGAACUCAAAUGACAGGACCAUUAUGAGUUCUCUAAAAUAAUGAAAAAGGUUGUGGACCAAAACUCCCUUGAGAGCUCAGAAAUAUAGCUGAUUAGUUCAUAUGGAGUGUAGGAUUCAGUUGUGUUGUUUUUAUGUUCAACCACUUUUUCUGUUGUUAUGGAGGGGCUUAAAUGUUGCCACUUUCCUUGUUGUCUUGGAUGUACUUUGAAAGAUCCUUUCAAUUUCAUAAGAUGUUCGAUGCUUCUUUGCAACGA